AUGAUCAAGUUUCGAUCGCAUACCGCGAUCAAGGCUCAAGCUCUUGCAGACUUUGUGGCGGAGUUUGUCCCCGGAAUGCAUCCGGCUUGCCCAGUUGAGUUGGGUAGCGCAGAUUUAGCACAACCCAUGGCUCAGGCAAUGGAGCCAAGUGUUGAAUCACGAAUGGAAGAAGUGCAAAUGGCAGCCGAACUGGAAAAGCUAGAUAAUUCAUCAAAAGACAAACCCAACCAAGACAUGGAAAGAGACCAGAAUGAACCGACCGGAACCUUGGAGUUGAGAAGCUCGCAAAACCCAUUGGAUUGCUGGAAGUUGUUCAUUGGCGAGAUGUGGAAGCUUUUCGUCGAUGUGGCCUUCAAUAGAUAUGGUGCCGAGCUGGGUAUCGUGCUGACUUCCCCAGACGGGCUGGUUAUCGAGCAAGCAAUUACGUUCGGCUUCCUAGCGUCCAACAAUGAGGCGGAGUAUGAGGCCUUCCUUGCCGGACUGAGAAGUGCAUUGAGGAUAAAAGUGUCGGCUCUCAUGGUGUUCAGCGACUCCAAACUGGUGGUCAAUCAGGUCUCUGGGGAGUAUGAAGCCAAGGAUGAAAGAAUGGCCAAGUAUCAGACGCUGGUGCGCGCAGAGAUCAAGAAGUUCGCCACCAUAAGAGUGGAACAAAAUCAACCGUGA